UUGGCUCACCUUUUGGGAAUCUCUGUCCUCGCACUCGGAGUUGGGGGGCUGCCACCUAGUGGAAGAUGAUGGAGUUGGGGGCCUGAAGAGGCUCCUGUGCUCCGUCCACUGUAGCAGUGUGGGGUGGGGGCGAGGGGUCGCCUCUCCGGAUCGUGCUGAAAGGCAGACCAUGUGGACCCUGGUGAGCUGGGUGGCCUUAAUGGCAGGGUUGGUGACUGGAACGCAGUGCCCAGAUGGUCAGGUCUGCCCUGUAGCCUGCUGCCCGGAUCCUGGAGGAGCCAGCUACAGCUGUUGCAAUCCUGUCCCGGACAGUUGGCCCACAGCACUGAGCAGACAUCUGGGCAGACCCUGCCAGACUGGUGCCCACUGCCCUCCUGGCUAUUCCUGCCUCCUUACCGUCUCAGGGACUUCUAGCUGCUGCCCGUUCCCAGAGGCUGUGUCAUGUGGAGAUGGCCACCACUGCUGCCCACGGGGCUACCACUGCAGCACAGAUGGGCAGUCCUGCUUCCAAGCAUCAGAAUCCUGGGUCAUCCUGUCCACAGACAACAACCCCUUGGGAGCUGUCCAGUGCCCUGAUCCCCGAUUUGAAUGCCCCAACUUCUCCACAUGCUGCAUUAUGCUUGAUGGCUCCUGGGGAUGCUGCCCCAUACCCCAGGCUUCUUGCUGCCGAGACAGGGUGCACUGCUGCCCCCGUGGUACCUUCUGUGACCUGUUUAAUGCCCGCUGCCUCACUGCCACAGGCACCCUCCCCCUGGCAAAGAAGAUCCCAGCACAGAGGACUAAUAGGGCAGUGAUCUUGUGCCCUGACAGGCAUUCUGAGUGCCCUAAUGAUUCUACCUGCUGUGAACUGCCUGAUGGGAAGUAUGGCUGCUGCCCAAUGCCCAAUGCCAUCUGCUGCUCCGACCACACGCACUGCUGCCCCCAGGACACUGUGUGCGAUCUGAUCCAGAGUAAGUGCCUCCAUGAGGAGAAUGCCACAGACCUCCUCACCAAGCUGCCCGCAUACACAGUGCAGGAGGUGAAGUGUGACCUGGAGAUGAGCUGCCCAGAUGGCUACACCUGCUGCCGUCUACAGUCUGGGGACUGGGGCUGCUGUCCUUUUGUCCAGGCUGUAUGCUGUGACGAUCAUGUACACUGCUGCCCAGCUGGGUUUAGGUGUAACACAGAGAAGGGUACCUGUGAACAGGGGGUCCACCACAUGCCCUGGAUGGAGAAGACCCCAGCCCACCACAGCCUGUCAGGCCCCAAAGCCACGGAGGAUGAUGUCCUCUGUGAUAACGUCACCAGCUGUCCCUCCUCCACCACCUGCUGUCGGCUCAUGUCUGGGGAGUGGGGCUGCUGUCCUGUUCCAGAGGCUGUCUGCUGCUCCGACCACCAGCACUGCUGUCCCCAGGGCUACAUGUGCAUAGCUGAGGGAUGGUGUCAGAGGGGAAGCAAGAUAGUAAUCGGACAGAAGAAGAGGCCUGCCUACCGGACUUCCCUGUCCCCACCCAGAGACAUGGGCUGUGACCAGCGCACCAGCUGCCCAGUGGGACAGACCUGCUGCCCAAGCCUGAGUGGGGGCUGGGCCUGCUGCCAGCUGCCCCAUGCGGUGUGCUGCGAGGACCGCCAGCAUUGCUGCCCAGCUGGGUAUGCCUGCAAUGUGAAGGCCCGGUCCUGUGAGAAGGAGGUGGACCCUGUCCGCCCUGCUGCCCACCUGGCCCGAGGCCCUCCCAUCGGGGUGGGGAAUGUGGAGUGUGGGGCGGGCCACUUCUGCCAUGAUAAUCAGACCUGCUGCCGAGAUAGCCGAGGAGGCUGGGGCUGCUGUCCCUAUCGCAAGGGCAUCUGUUGUGGAGAUCAGCGUCACUGCUGUCCUGCUGGCUUCCACUGUGGGGCCAAGGGCACCAAGUGUUUGCGCAGGGAGACUCUGCGCUGGGACACUCCUUUGAGGGACCCAGCCCCAAGACAGCUGCUGUGAGGAGGAUGCAGGACUGAAGGCACUCCGCAGCCCUCGGGAUUCUGCUCAGAGGGAUCUAUCCACUGCUCAGGCCUCCCCAGCUCUUCUUCUCCACCAAAUUCUUCUGGACCCCCCUUUUCUGAGUCCCCCAUCAUUGUGGGAGGUGGGCCCUGUCAGUAGGGGGGCUGUGGAAAAAGCCACAUUACAAGCUGCCAUCCCCUCCCCCAAUUUCCAUGGACCCUGUGGCUAGGUGCUCUUCCCUAUCCACAGGUGUGUGUGUCUGUGUGUGCUGCAGUAAAGUUUGUAUACUUUCUUAACAGUG